CCUCUAGUAGGAUGUAUGAGAGCAGCGCUCAGAGCCGCCAGUGGUAGUGCUGCCGCCGCCGCUGCUUCAUCCCGUAUCCAUCCGCCCAGGAAUGAGAAGCGAUGUCCGGCGCAUCCAACGAGGAGAAAACCUGCCGCAGGUUCCUGGAGCUUUUUCUCGGGGAGUUCAGGGGACCCUUCGGGGAGGAGGACCCCAUCCCGCUCCGUCCACUGUCUGAUCACAUCACUCCGGAGGAGGUGGAAGGAGAAUGCCUGGACCUGUGCCUGCAGCAACUCUGCAAAUAUAAUUGCCCAUCUUUCCUGGCAGCUGCUUUGGCAAGGGCAACAGCUGAUGAGAUUCUGCAAAGCGACCUAUCUGCAUACUAUGUACCAAAGCAUGUGGAUGGCACUGAGGGGAUCAUACAGCUGGAGACGGUGAAACUGGCCCAUGCAGUAUUCAGCAAGCUACAUGAGCUCUGCUGUAGUUGGGUGAAAGACUUCCCUCUGUGCCCCAAACCACAUCUUUAUUAUGAGACAUCAAUUCAUGCUAUUAAAAAUAUGCGGAGGAAGAUGGAGGACAAGCAUGUCUGUAUUCCAGACUUUAACAUCCUCUUCAACCUUGAGGACCAAGAGGAGCAAGCUUACUUUGCUGUGUUUGAUGGACACGGAGGGGUAGAUGCAGCUAUUUAUGCUUCUAUCCACCUGCAUGUGAAUUUGGUACGUCAAGAAGUGUUCCCACAGGACCCAGCUGAAGCCCUGUGUAGGGCAUUCCGCAUCACAGAUGAAAGCUUUAUAAAGAAAGCCGCCCGUGAGAACCUACGUUGUGGCACAACUGGUGUGGUGACCUUUAUUCGUGGCAACAUGUUGCAUGUAGCCUGGUUGGGAGACUCGCAGGUGAUGCUAGUAAGAAGGGGACAAGCUGUGGAAUUAAUGAAGCCACAUAAGCCUGACAGAGAGGAUGAGAAACAUCGCAUUGAGGCCCUUGGAGGUUGUGUGGUCUGGUUUGGCGCAUGGAGGGUUAAUGGAAGCCUGUCUGUCUCUAGAGCUAUUGGGGAUUCUGAGCAUAAGCCAUAUAUUUGCAGUGAUGCAGACUCUACCUCCUUGGUCCUUGAUGGUUCUGAAGAUUAUCUCAUUCUGGCUUGUGAUGGUUUUUAUGAUACAGUAAAUCCAGAUGAAGCUGUAAAAGUUGUAUCUGACCACUUAAAGGAAAACAAUGGAGACAGCAGCAUGGUUGCCCAUAAACUGGUGGCAUCAGCUCGUGAUGCUGGCUCCAGUGAUAACAUCACUGUCAUUGUGGUGUUCCUCAAAGACCUUAAUCCAACAACCAAUACAAGCCAAGAUAAUAACCAAGCUGAGAACUCUUUUGAUGGAGGACAGGAAGAUAAUGGAGAUGACAAGGAGAAUCAAGGAGAGUGCAAAAGAUCGUGUCCUCUUCAUCAGUGUUCAGCCCCAGCUGAUCUAGGAGGUUAUGAUGGGAGAGAUUCCUUCACAGACAGAACUAGUUUGAACCUUGGUCCUGAAGGGCAGGUUGUAGAAAAACAAGACUAUUUAGAUCCAUUGCAUGGAGGAGGUGGCAAACCAUAUAGUGCCAAAUGUUUGCCAUGGCCCCAAGUAUCCAGAGCUAGCUCACCAAAGAGAGCCAAAGGAAGCAAAGAAUCUGUGAGAAAGGAGUCUUUAGCAAGUCCACCUGCAUGUGGAGAGAACGAGUGGGAUGAAAGUAUAUCUAGAAAUAAAGGUUUGGGAUAUGUGAAUAUCUUGAUGCCCAGAAAGGAGAGCUUACACUGCCCUCUGGAGUUAAAGGAUGAAUGUCUGAAAGGUGUCAUGAAUGGUCCGACACGUGCAUAUCCUGUACGUUUCAGAAAGAGGAGAGGUGGGACUAAGGCCAAACCAAACUUUCCAAAGCUCCUAUCUUCCCAAAAGCCUUCUUACAAAGCACGGUCCACUUUAACAGUGCCAGUGCAAAGCAUUGGCGAACAUAGGGUAUCGGUACGUUGUCCUGUAGCAUCUAGGAAAAGUAAUAGAGGUCAUUUGAUGAAUAUAGCAUUGUUAAAAGAGAGCAACUGUAUAGCAUUGACAGACCUACAUUGAAUCUAUCAAGUGUAAAAGGAAACCUGACCUCCUUUGUGUGUUAUAUAACUGUAGUGUUCCAGUGAAUUAGGUUAGAUAGACCCAAACUUUAAUGGCAUCAUCUUUCUCCUCACCUAGUGUAUUGAUCUCGCACAAGUAGUGCACAGUGUGGUACUCUAUUUACAUACAGAUGGACAUUUUCACAGUUGUCAGACAUAUCAGCUUGACUUUGUUGAUCAAGGAAGACACAACAUUCCCCUUUUUCACGUGCAGCAAUUUGGGGAUGAAGAACAAUGUAGGUCGUAUGAAACAGGGAGCAAUGCCCUUUGCUGUAAGUGUAUGAGUAAAAGGAGAUGUAUGUAUCUAGUAUAAAACCCACAAUGUAACCUCUAUCAAAAGCAGUACAAAACCCAUUCAAGAUGUCUUUGUGUGUGUGUGCAUGUCUCACAAGGUUUUUGUUGAAAAUUCAUGUAGUUUUGUGGUCAUGGCCUUUAGCUAAAAAGGUUGUUAUGCCCAAUGAUGCAGCUUAUAGAGGUUUUAACCUUCACGGAUAACAACAUUGGUUCCAGCAGUCAUUAGAUCAAUAUUAAACAAAGGAACCAGGUAAUUGAAAAAAGAGUGUUUUGGCUUCAAUGAUGAACUGGCGCUCUCAGUAACUCUCUACUGGAACUACUAUUGCAACUGUAUAUUUACCUCUUAAGUAUUCUUUAUACACAAAAAACUUAGAGAUUACUACCAGUUAUUUUUAUAGUUUUAGAUAGAUGUCACACUUUAUAAUGGCAAUAAGGCACUGCUGGAGUACAGUGAGGUAUAGCUAAUUUUGAGCGAUUCCUGCGGAUAAGCCAACCUCUACAGCAUGAGGAAACUCAGGUAUUAAGGCGUUAAGUCAAUAUCUACAUUAUAGAAACCAUGCCAUCUGUUAAAUAGAAGUUUACAAUCCACUAUUCAGUAUCCUAUGAAAGUGGGUUUAGCCAUACGAAAUCCGAUCCAAGUUCAGCUUUACUCGUCUCUCAUUUCCGAGUACAAUAAGAAUACUUUUACUCACAAAGUGUUAGCCUCCAAACUAUCAUAUUUAAUCAAACAACAAAGAAAUGGGGUUAUUACUGUGUUAGCACAUCAUGUAUAUUUAAUUAUACAGCACAGCAUGUUCCUUUCCAUAUGGGUUCAUUGACCUUCAGGCUGCCUUAAUUUCAUGCAUCAUGUUUCCUUUCAGAAAAGAUGUAAUAUCAGUUUUGCAAAGCCGUGUUUUAAAUUGAGAUAACUAUAAGGCAAGAUGGUGUUUUUCAAUUAAGAAACUAAUUUAUCAACCCAAACCUCAUCUUUCUGGUUCAUGUACACCUUUCCCAUCUAGCAUUUGCAUCUCUAUACAUUAGACUGACACAACCUAAAGAAUUAAGAAGACUAAACAAAUGUAGAAUGACACUAGGAAUCCACUGUACUACUAACUGUUCAUCUAUGUUUCCAUAGUACUCAAGUAUUAUCUGUACACUCCUUCUUAUAGGUAGGAGCAAAGGUUAUGUCCCAAGAUCGGGUCUAACAUAGAUACAUCACUUUUGGUUUUUGAUACAUAAAACUUCAACCCGAGUUAUAUCAUGGAACAGUUAGAUACGUUUUAUAAUUAGGCGGUGCAAUAAAAGGCAUUAUUGUGGUUUUUGGAUCAGUAUGACAGUGGCAGCCAUGAUAACAUGAUUUCCUUGAGACAGAAAAUAAUAAAGAUGAGCAACACGACUAAGCACAUCUUUUCCUGUUGCUAUCUAUCUUGUGCAGUGACAAUAAAAUCAUGGGGUAAAGCGCUCAGCCAAACUCUUCUCUGGUGAUUGAUGGGUGUCUGAACACCCAGACCCUGACUGAUUAUUUACAUGUCAGGUGCUACUGUCACUUUACAAAAAAAAUAAACUUUUCAGGGUUUAUCCAGGAUUUAAAAACAAAAGCAGUGUUUUUUUUUUUUUUUUUUUUACGGGAUAUGUAUUCCGAAACAUCUGCAUAGGCAUAAGACGUCAUGUGAUGCUUUUAAAGUACACAAUACUCACACCAAUAUUAAAAUGUAUCCGCAUUACCUAGACACCCCAGUUACAUGCUUUAUGUGCCUUGUAGAGUAACCAAACUAAUGCAGGAGCUCAAAAGUCAAAUAUGCACCCAAUCAUUUUUCUCUUCUUAGGAAUACAUUUAAAUAAGCAAUACUAAGACUUGCAUGAGCAGAAACAGCGCCAGACCUGGGUUUUGUCUGGGAUUGUAGCUUAGUUCCACUGAAGCAAAUGGGUCUGAGCAUAAUGCCGUAUACAACUGGUGGGCAGGUUGCUCUACUGUUUCCGAAAGAGAACAGCUAUGUUUAUCAAACCCAGGACAACCCCUUGUGGUCUAAACUGGUAUUUUGAAAAUCUAGUGUCAAUUUUUAAGGAGCCAGUAUUUCAUUAGAAAUUUCCCUGUUACAAUUUCCAUCUAUCUUUAAUACCCAGACAUAGUAACUAAGUUAUACAUAGAGGAGUGUAAGUCACAUCUGCUAAUGCACAUAACUAUACUUAUCACAACAAAUGAGGAUCAAGAAGUGGUACCUGAAAUAGUAUUAGAUUUUAAGCAGGUUUCCCCUUUAAAUCAUCUUCUGAGAUAUCAUUAAAUCUGGCAAUACACUGAUAUAUCUGAUUAUUGUUAGUUAACAUGGGCUGUCAUCAUGGUCUGAACUUGGUUGGACUAUGUCUAAAUCUGUCUAUACUUAUAAAAUCAAUGUUGGCUGGUACCAUUUUUAAUUCUAAAAGAUUCAACCAGCCUUCUUAUGUUUAUGGUGGUGGAGGGUUUUAGGUUAUUUUAAACCACUACAUAACAAGAUUUGUUUAUGGCUACCUUUUUUCCUAUCACAUUACAUUGUUGUCAGAAAUCAAAAGUUAUUUAAAAACCAAAGUAGAUUAAAAUGUCUGUCACCAUACUCAACCAAAAGCACAGCACCUUCCCCAAUUUACCAUAAUCUUUUAUAGGGGAUGUAUGACAUAAAAAAAAAAAAAAAAAAAAUAUGGAUGCUUUCUUUGCGAUCAAUGCUACUGGUGUUUCUGGACUUUAUAUUAUUGCUGCUCAGUCCCAUUUAAGUCAAUGGGCUGAGCAGGAAGACACAGCCAUGUUAAUCUCAUACAACCCCUUCAACCCUAACCAUAUUGGAGAAACUUUCCUGAGGAGCUAAAACUUAGACAGUUAAUUGGGGAGAUAAAUUAAACUGCCAGUGCCAAAAAUGUGGUGCAGCUUGAACCAUAAAACCGUUGUACAGUUUCAAUAACUUGUGUUAGACAUUGUCUCACCUUGCUUGAUAAAUGGGUGGAGCUUAUCAGAAAGUAAGCGUGGCUUCAGUGGGAAUAGAUGGGGCUUAAAUGCACCAAUAGGUAUAAAACUAGAACAGCUAAUAGAUGGUGCAAAGGUAGACUAGUCUUAAGAUGCGCCCUAUUUUCAAACAGGCUGAGACAAUGGUGCAUUUGUAGACUGUCUAGUUUGAGUUUGCACUGUCUAUGGGUAUGUUAACAUUGCUUAUAGCCAAUGUGAACAUACUCAUAGACAGUGUGGUUUUUAACACAAAAAUCAUCAGCGUUGCUGUAAAAAACCUAGCUCCCAUUGUCAUCAAUAAGUGAUAGUGAUCCGCGCAGUUACGUGACGUCACUUCUUCUUUUCCAUGUGGUUACACUUUAAAGCUCCCAUUAAAGGCUCUAACAACCCCCCAUGCUGCCAGAGGCUUGGGGAAAGAAGCCAUUCCAUAGUACUUUACAUGGAUUCAUGUUUUCGUUUGAACCAAGGAAUUAGAAAGUUAUUUUUUCUCCUUGUGUUUUUUUUUUUUUUUUUUUUUACAAAAGUUCUAAUUGUUAGGGUCAUUUGAUUUAUAAAUAAGCAUGUGUCACAUGCAAAACAAAUAUAUACAUUACUAGCUAGUGAAUAUAAAUCAAUAUGACCAGAACUAUUAUGUAUUAACUCAGUAUUUUGGGGUGUACACUAGCCCAUCCAUGGGUGCCUUUUGCUUACUAGUCAUGUUGGUGGUAGUGUACAGCUCUGAAUUAUUCUCUAGAAAAACAGAGUUGAUUUCUUUCAGCAGACUGCACCACAUUUAUCUACAGGUUGUGCGUGGUAUUACCACAUUGCUCCAUUCACUUCAAUAGAAGUGAGGUGCAUAACCUCACACAACCUGAGAACAGGUGCGGUGCUGUUUUUGAAAUAUAUAAGCUCUAUUUUGCUAUUGCUGGAUUUAGAAAUGUGUACAGGAUUAGGUGCCGUUUCCUUAAUUCAGCCAUAUGCAAUGGCCACUAUAGUUAGUUUUUGUGAAAUGGGGCAUACGAAAAGUGUUGCAAAUAUGUGAGGGGAAAAACAUGGGUUUUGUUUAAUAUAUGCAGUCAUGGCCGUAAACGUUGGCACUCCAGAAAUUUUACAAGAAAAUUUAAGUAUUUCUCACAGAAAAUGAUUGCAGUAACGCAUGUUUUGCUAUACACAUGUUUAUUCCCUUUGCGUGUAUUGGAACUAAACCAAAAAAAGGAGGAAAAAAAGCAAAUUGGACAUAAUGUCACACCAAACUCCAAAAAUGGGCUGGACAAAAUUAUUGGCACCCUUUCAAAAUUGUGGAUUUUUUUUUCAAGCAUGUGAUGCACCUUUAAACUCACAAGGGGCAAGUAAACAGGUGUGGGCAAUAUAAACAUCACACCUGAAAGCAAAUAAAACGGAGAGAAGUUCACUUAGUCUUUGCAUUGUGUGUCUCUGUGUGCCACACUAAGCAUGGACAACAGAAAGAGAAGAGAACUGUCUGUUGAUAUUUUUCCACAAUUUUGGUUCUCAAGUCCUCAAUCUCAAGGUAACAAGUCCAUCUCCAGAGAUCUAGAUUUGCCUUUGUCCACAGUGCGCAACAUUAUCAAGAAGUUUGCAACCCAUGGCACUGUAGCUAAUCUCCUUGGGAAUGGACGGAAGAGAAAAAUUGAUGAAAGGUGUCAACGCAGAAUAGUACGGAUGGUGGAUAAGCAGCCCCAAACAAGUUCCAAAGAUAUUCAAGCUGUCUUGCAGGCUCAGGGAACAUCAGUGUCAGCGCAAACUAUCCGUUGACAUUCAAAUGAAAUGAAACUCUAUGGUAGGAGACCCAGUAGGAUCCCACUGCUUACACAAAGACAAAAAAGCAAGAAGACUACAUUUUGCCAAAAUGAACUUAAAGGGCUACUCCGGCGCUAAGACAUCUUAUGGAUAGGGGAUAAGAUGCCUGAUCGCAGGGGUCCAGCUGCUGUGGACCCCCGUGAUCUUGCACGCAGCGCCCCGUUAGAAUCAUUCCCCGGAGCAUGUUCGCUCCAGGUCUGAUUACUGGCGAUCACGGGGGCCGGAGCAUUGUGAUGUCACGGCCCCGCCACCGUGUGAUGUCACGCUCCACCCCCUGAAUGCAAGCCUAUGGGAGGGGGCGUGACAGCUGUAAACGUUGUAUUGUGUGGCUAGGAUGCAUUUCCUGCUUUGUAAACUUUUCAAACUAGAAUAUGUUAUUCUUGUCUUAUAUUUUAGUGCUUCAUAAUCUGUGCUUCAUAAUCAUCAUCUGGUCCAUUGCUACGGAUUUAAAUUUCACCGUCCAUCUCUUAUAUCUGGUAAGUAUAUUAUUGUGUUUGCACUUUUCCCUAGGUGUUCCUUUGUAUUCAUAUUGACUUUUAUUUUUGUCUUAUUAAAUUUAUCUUGUUAUCUUACUUGACAAAUGUUCCUUCUCAAUCCAAAAAUGCAAGUAUGAAAAUCCUUCAUUUAGUCCUGUAGAAUAUAGGCUAUUAAGCCUAAAUAUCCAUUUGCUUCUUCCCUAUAUCUCCUUUUCUUGGUCCUAAUUUCCACUGACAUAAUCCCCAGAAUUUUAUUGCUUCCAGAUUGCUGUUAUGUUUCAUAUUAACAUGUCGUGCUAGUGGUGUGUCCACUUUUGUAUGUAUUGUACUGAGAUGUUUACUGAUCCUUUUACGCAGUUGUUGGGAAGUUUUCCCAACGUAUAAUUUCGGGCAGGGACACUGUGCUACGCAUAUGACAUUACGGCUACUACAGUUUAUGAAUUGUUGUAUCGCAUACUGUCUUUUAUCCACGGGGUUUUCAAAGAUUUUCAUCUUUCAUCCACAUAAGUAUGAGCCUUCUGGUGGUUUUGGAAGCCACGUUUCUGGUCUUUCGUUCGUCUGUCCAAAAUAACUAUGGACCAAAAGGUCCUUCAAAUUUGACCCUCUUUGGUAUGUGACAUUUUGUCUGUCAUUUAGGACUUCUUUCAGAUCGGAAUCUGCUUUAAGAAUAUUCCAAUUGUUCGUGAGAAUCCUCAUUACUUGUGAUGUAUAUGCAUCUUACAAUUUGUGGGCUCUCAUCUUGUAUUGUUUUUUUCUGUCAACAAAUUAGUACGGCCACUGCAUCGAGCUCUAUUAAAGGCCUUCCUCAUCCAUAUUUUUUUUUUUUUUAGAGUAACCCCUCUGUGAGAAUUUCCUCAUCAGAUUUUGUCUCUCUCUGUUUCUUCUGGCCCUUAGAUAUUGGCCUACUGGUAAGCUUCGUUUUAAAGGUGUGGAAUGCCAACUCGUCCAAUGCAAAAAGCUGUUUGUGGCUGUUGGUUUUUUAUAUAAUAUAUAUUGGUUUGAAUAUGAUUGUAAGAAUCAAUAUAUAUUGUGAGGUCCAAAAAAUGGGACGAGUUGUGAGCUCGCAUUGAUGAGCUCCACUACCUGAGCCCCUUGUGUGGGUUGUAGAAUCCGUUUCAUGCUACCACUCGAGCGAAAGCACCGCCAGUAUUCAAAAGUGACCAAAACAUCAGCCAGGAAACAUAGGAACUGAGAAGUGGUCUGUGGUCACCACCUGCAGAACCACUAUUUUAUUGGGGUGUUUUGCCAAUUGCCUAUAAUUUCCACCUGUUCUGUGUUCCAUUUGCACAACAGCAUGUGAAUUUGAUUGCCAAUCAGUGUUGCUUCCUGAGUGGACAGUGUGAUUUCACAGAAGUGGGAUUGACUUGGAGUUAUAUUUUGUUGUUUAAGUGCUCCCUUUAUUUUUUUGAGCAGUGUUAAUAAAGCCCUACUAAGGGAAGAAGCAAAAUGGAUAUUUAGGCUUAAUAGCCGAUAUCCUACAGGACUAAAUGAAGGAUUUUCAUACGCUGAGGUUUGGAUUGAGACGGAACAUUUGUCAAGUAAGAUAAGAAAAAUUUUAUAUGACAAAAAUAAAAGACAAUAUGAAUACAAAGGAACACAUAGGGAAAAGCGCAAACAAUAAUAUACUUACCAGAUAUGAGAUGGACGAUGAAAUUUAAAUCCGUAGCAAUGGACCAGAUAAUGAUGAUGAGGCAUAGAGCUGAUGAAGCACUAAAAUAUAAGUCCCGCUCCAAUGCAGGUACUUCCAGUUAUAUUACUAAGUCCAUGGACAUGCGCAGAUAAUAGAGACAAUCGCGAGCCCGUGAUGCGAGGGAGUGCAUACACUUGCACAGACCUGCGCUACAAGAUGCGCAUACCUGUGCGAGAUCACGCUGAAGUAUGCGUAUGGGAGGAAGAGUCAUGUGCAUGGAAAGCAGAUCAUGUGAUAAGGGUGUCACAUGAUAGAGAACAUGAGGAAUGACGUGGGACAUUCAGAUUGGCUCCUGUAAUGGGAACCGAUCAGGAACAACAACAGAAAUGAUAUCAUCUCAUAAGGUUAUAAAAAGAAGAGUGUACAAGGUUAUCGCCAUUAGCAUCAUAGCCCUUGACAAAGCCAGUAUGCUGACAAAACGUCGGGGAGGCUGGUGAUUAAUUUUAAACAGAGAUUCCUUAUGGCGGCCACUUAAUAGGGAUGAGAAUAACAAGAGAAUAAUAUAACAAUAUGUGAAAGAAUAAUAUGCUGGUGCACCAUACAGCACUAAGAAGGGUCAGCAACCCCCAGAGGGAUUCCCAGCAGUAAACUAUUGUGCCGAACCGAUUAAUACAGUACUGAGGUAGGUGUAUGUGACACCCUCAGAGAGGCACAUAAUAGUAAGGAGGUAUUGCAGGACCCCGUACAGAUCUAUAUAGCACUAUAUAUACACAGGAGGGUGUGAGAGACCCCUCAUAGUGCUAUAUACAUAGGUGCUAUUUGGUGCCACACAAUUAAAAAGAGGCUGUGAGACCCCCUGGAGUCAUGCAUCAUUUUUCAGGCACAUGAAUGUGCUCAUAAAAUCUUUACAGCAUAUAGUGUCACAUGUGGAGGUUAUAUCUUAUAAGGAGGUCAUGAGAAACCCCUGUUCAAAUAUACCAUAAUUAUAGCAUAGUGGACCCCACACAAAGGGUGGCAACAAUAUACUAAUGAGGGUGUGAGACCCCCAUUAAUGAUGCACUAAGCACUGACAGAAAUAACCAGCAUAUUACCACAAAUAUUGAAUAGAGCUAAUACCUAAGGAUCUCUGAUAAUAUUUAAUUGUGAAAGAAACAAAUAGUGAAUUAAAAUGAUCAGUUUUUAGAGCAUACCAAUAAAAAUAGUUUUUAGUGGGACCUUACAUAUAGGGCCUAUUAUCCCCUAGGGGGGGGGGGGGGGGGAAUUAUCCUCCCAAAGGGUUAUUGUCAAUAUGAUUAUUGCCCUGUGCCCCAUACAGGAUUAAUUGAUUUAUGGUGUGACAUUAUGUCCAAUUUGCUUUGUCUCCUCCCUUUUUUGGUUUAGUUCCAAUGCACACAAAGGGAAUAAAUGUGUAUAGCAAAAUGUGUUACUGCAAUUAUUUACAUGACUGUACAUUUUGUGUUCAGCAGAUGGGUUGUGCAAGGUUUAAGUAUCAAGUUGUAGUGUAGCUGUUCCUACGGUUGUUUAUAAUGUUUUAUGUUGGUUUCAUCCUAUGGAAUUGCAGACAUAUUCACUUAAGUGGUAGAUGUAGUUGAACAAAAAGCAGCAUGUUCAGUCAGUGAGGCGACACAUCUAGUAAACGAAAAUAUCAUGCACGUCUCAAUAGGUCUGUACACAUUAGAAAUCCUGCCUGUCAAGAAUCUUAAAGAGGAUGUAUCAGACAGGAAACUUUGCUUUAUCCCACCCCCAAGGCACUGGCCUUAGCCUGAAAACUGGACCUUUCCCUUCACUGUGUAAUAUCCAGUCCCAUUUAUUAAAAUUGUGGUAUUGGUCAUUUGCCGUAAAGCUUGUAGCGAUAUUGGAUUUAAUGGCUUAUAGGCUAGAGGUUGUGCAGAAAUUAGCCACAAAAUAAUGUUAUGUAAAACCAAUACACUGAAACCACGAACAAAGGCUAGUAUGGCUGCAAUAGAAGCAACAUAACAUAUAGCUUAAACAUAUCCUGUUUUAGCUAUCCUGCAGAGGAACUAAUUUUUCUGACUUUGGGUACGUUACUCAACAUCCAAAGAUACAGGGGUUGAUCAUGGUUGCAUGUCAGUUGUCCGACAAACCAAAGUCACAAAUAGAAAAAUUUGUGACUUUGGUCAAGCUGUCAUUUGCCCAAACAUUUGCAAAUUUAUGCUUAGCCUACACAACUUUUCCUAAAAGUGGGUAAGGAUUAGUAGGAUGCUUGUAGCCUUCUUAUGGCCUGGGCCAGAAGUCUAUUCCUAUUAGCUGAAUGAGAUUUCACCUCUUAAUAUGUCUGGCCCAUCUUAUUUUGGCACACUUUAUCUUAAGACCAGGGAGUGAAAUUCACCCCCCUCCCCUCCAUAGUGUUAAUGGAAAGAGGUGAAGCGCCAGAGAAAUAUACUGUGCAUAAAAUGGACUGGUCUGUUGAACCAAGCAUAGGAUACAACCUUAUAACGUUGAGUGGACAUUUGUGUUGCUACUUCUAAGCACUAGCCUUGCCAUAUAUCAUUAAUGUGACUCUGAAACAUUUCAAUAUAAAAGAUACCUAUAUAUAGUAGUGGUUUACUGGUCUGAUAUAUAUACUGCUCUGGAAUCUAUGCUUUAGGCAAGCAGUUCUUUGUGAAAUACAGUGUUCUCUCUCUUCAUUCCACUGGUGAUUAGAAAUCUGUGCCCUAAUUUGCUGCUUGCUGAUGUAAGCAAUAACUAUCCCUAUAACUGAUAUAUAACAUCUCUGUAUAUUGUAAUUUAUGACAGUAUAACUUGGUGAUAAUGUAAAAAAAACAAACUAUUACACAGUUAUGAAACUAUAUAACAUUGUAUUUAUUUACUUGUUAAUGCUGAGUAAUCCUCAGGUUGUGUUCUGUACUUUUAGCGUGUUCCUGGUGGUGCUGAUGUGUUACAAAUAAAAGAAAACACAAAAAAAAAAAAACUAUAAAUAUAUAUUUAUGUAUAUAAUUCAGCUACGAACUGGAUUAUCCCUGUAACAACUGGUGAAAUUGACAAUAUAUAAGAGUACAGUGUUGGUUAUGAUAUACAACCCCCAAGUCAUUAACCUUACACUUCUCAUAACUCGCUUGAAAACGUCACUGUGAGUUGGAAAUAAACCUCUUGGUUUACCUGUAUACAUCCUAACGUGGCUUCAAAAGGGUUCCACACCUGCACCCAUUGCUGGGACCUGCUUUGGGUGGAAGAUGUGUUGUUAUAAAAAUGUAAAUAUUUUAUUUGCCUAGAAGUGCCAUCAGAAUUCUUACAACAAAUAGAAUCAUAGAUAAUAAUGGCAAUUUCAUUUCUAAUUGUGUUUUCAUUUUUUAGUCAGUUUUUCCCAUUCACAAUUUUUUCACAGACAUCACUAACUGAACCUUCAGUUUCAUUUGUUAAACAAGGGACAACAAUGGAUCUUUUCAGUGUUUUUCAACAUCCAUUUCAAGGAGUUUUCCAGGCAUUUGACACUGAUUGCUUCACUGUCUGAAUGGAAGUGUGCCUACACCCCUGGCAUUCAGCUGAGCUGUGGCUCCAGAAUAUGGAUGUUCAUUCGGUAGUGGUUGUGCCAGGUUACUGCUUACAGCUUCCAUUAACUUCAAUGGUAGCUGCACACCAGUAGCCUACCGCUGUCCCUACACACCAAACACAGCCAACUGCUUCAGGCUGUUCAGUUUAUAUGCAGAAGCGUGGCUCUCCUGAUCCGCUGAUCGGUGGAGGGUACCAGAUAUUGGCACCCCACCAAUCAGAAUUUAAUUGCCUAUUCUGGGGAUAGGCCAUCAAUGUAAGAUGCCUGAAAAAACCCUUUUUUGAGUGCUCUUAUUGCCUUCACACACACAAUUUUUAAAUUGAAGUCAACGGGUAGCAAAAUGAGUUGCAUAUCUUGCCACCCACUAACUUCCAUGGGUAGGAAAAUGUGCAGUAAACUAAAUAGUAAUACUUAAAAUAGCAAACUAAACUGCCAAUGAAAAUGACCCCCACCUAAAAAAAAAAAAAAACUGUGUGAAUCCAGCGAAAGGCAUUUUAUUCGGUAAAAACCGAAAGUGUUAGUAGUGGAAUAUGCAAGGCUUUAUAGCCUGACUCUGAAACCAGUACAUGUGUUUUCAUACAUACACUGCGGUAAUUUCAGUAUCAGUGCGGGAAAACGUAUCCCCUGUCCUAAGCAUAGGGGAUAAGUUUCAGAUCGUCUGACUGCCGGGUCCCCCGCGAUCUCCUGUACGGGGCCCCCGGCAGCCCGCGGGAAGGGGGCGUGUUGACCACCGCACGAAGCGGCCGCUGACACGCCCUCUCAAUACAACUAUGGCAGAGCCGGAGUGCUGUCUUCAGCAAUCUCCGGCUCUGCCAUAGUGUUGUAUUGAGGGGGGGGGUGUCAGCCGCUGCUUUGUGUGAUGGUCAACACCCGGUAUCUGGCCAGCGAACCAGGGCCCCGUACAGGAGAUCGCGAGGGGCCCCAGCAGUCGGACCCCCCCCCCCCCGUGAUCUGAAACUUAUCCCCUAUACGUUUUUCAGCACUGGACUACCCCUUUAAUUUUUUUUGGGCUACUCAAUUCUAAAGACAUGCUUGAGGGAAACGAAGACUAUAGUAAAGGUGUAUGGCUAGAUUAAUAGCUGGGCAAACACUUAUUUGGCUGAUCAAUAUUUCUACUGAUCAGGCCAUACACAAACUCUUAGCUGGAGAGAAAUUUGGGGUGCGGGGGGUGGAUGGGUAGUUGAGAUUCAUUAUGCUUCAUCCUUCUGUUCCCUAACAUUAUCUGUCGGGGCGGAGUCAGGUGACCCUCAUACACAUCAGAUGGUUGGUGGUUUUGGUAACAUAUUUAAAGCAUAAGAGGGCCGUAACAGUGUUCACCACAGUAAAAAGUGGGAAAUAAUUCUGUAAGGUGAAUUUAAAGGGGGAAUAAAAAGACAAUUUUCUGUGCAGAGACAACCCUAGUUUUGUCCAAAGGUUGGUUUGUUAUUGCAGCUCAGCUCUAUUCACACUUGAUAUGUCAUAAAUGUCUAAAAGAUGCAGGUCUGACCUCUGGGACCUGCACCUGUGUGGAGAAUAGGGGCCAGUCUGGCAUGGGAUGCAAGCAACAUAUCCAGAUGCAACACAGAUUAGAUAUGCAGCGCUCUCCCUAUUCAGUUUUUCAGAAGUCAAAGUAAAAGCAAAACAUUUUUGUGUAAUUCCUAUAGAAAUGAAUGGAAAGUAUUAUGCACAUGCUCAGCCACCCCUCCAUUCAUGCUCAUGAUGCAGCAGGUCAUGGGAUCCCCAUUCUCCACAAGUAUGAGUACUUGUGCUGGUUUUAAAAGCUAUGUAUUAAAGGCCAAUUACACCCAAACUAAACUCUUUGAUUUUAUCUGGGGGUUUCCUCAAUUAGAUUGUUUUAUUUAAUAUAACAAUUUACUUUUGCAUCUAAAUAAGUUACCAUGUGUUAAGUCAAAAGCAAAGUGGAUUUCUUUAAGUGUUGUGUUUUCAGACUAAGUAUGUUUUUAAAAUGAAUCCUAAUUGUCCGAUUGCUUACGUUCCUUUUUACCUUAUUUUAGGAGGUUUAAUACUCAUUCACUUAUAUUGUUCACAACACCAUAAACCCUGGUCUAAAUGGAUAGUCCCAUCUAUGUUAACGCAAGAUACAAAAUGUUCUAUCAAAUAAAAUAUUGUUGGGAAUUGACCAGUACAGUAAUAAAACAAUUGUCAACUAGA